AUGCACUCGCCCGGCCGCUUCCGCGCCGCCCCGCCGACAACGGACCGCCACCUGUCGCGCUGGGACGCGGACCCGGACGCGGACGAGGACGCGGGCGACGCCUUCCUGUCCGCCAGCGACCUGGUCAAGACGCUGCAGCCCGUGCCGCGCCGCCCCAGCCAGAGCCGCCGCCCCCUCAUGGCCGGCCGAGAGCCGCCUCCGCACACGCAGACACCGCUGGGCUUCAACGACUGGCCCUUCGACGGGUCGCCCGCCCACGAAGACUCAAGCGCCUUCCGCUCCAGAACGCCCAAGGCCGGCGGCGUCAUGCGCGGGCCGCGUGCCUUCCCGGGAGACCCCCCGCUCGACCUGGACGUGCUGCAGGACUCGGCCGACGACUACGAGGCCGCGCGUGCGCGCGCCUUCCAGAUGGGCUACGACCUGGAGCCGCCGCGCCACAGCCAGGCCCAGCUGCAGCGCUACCACCAGCAGCGCCAGUACCAGAGAGCCAUGCAGCGCGAGUUCGGAGACCCCACGCACAUGUACCGACGCGCGACCAGCCACCCGGAGCACGAGCUCUACACGAGGGACGUGAGGGGCCGCGACCCCAUGGACGACCUGCCCUUCGACCCGCCGCGCCGGAUCCCGCGCAGCACCCCGCCGCCGGGCGUGUCCACGUCGUCGCCGCUCGAGUCCUUCGGGAUGCGCGCGGGCGGCGGCAUGAAGGAGGCCCAUGCCUCGAGACUCAUGCAGAACCGACGCUUCAACGCGCCGUCGCCAGCUACCCACAGCCCCGGGUUUGGAGCCAGGAUGGACGAGUUGCCGCUGGAGUCAGCUAUGCUGGACAUGUAUCCGGAUGAAGUGGACACGCCGCCCACCUCAGCCGCGCCGAUGUCACGACGCCGCGAGUACGCGCAGCCGCCGCCUCAGCAGCGACAGCGGCCCAACCAGCUGAUGCCGAGGAGACCGCAGCCGGCCGACCGCAUCAGUGACAGUAACGCCUUGCUGGCUGUUAGACGGCCAUUCCACGAUGCAGACCUGCCGCGCGAUCGCCGUGGACCUGAGAGCCGCGCGGUGUAUGAGGAGCUGGUGCCGACCCCCACAGGAUCCGCCAUCUCUCAGAACAACGACUACGCCAACCUAUCGCCCAGCGUGAGAAGUAACGACUCGGAUGUUGUUCGUGGCCUGCAGCAAAGUAGCAGCGCCCAGUUAGGCCGACCACGGCCGAGUCUGCCCGUCGAGCGCAAGGCGAAGCGAGCACGAUCUGACGAGACGUCGUCGCCUGCUGCCGCUGCUGCUGGAGCCACGUUAACGACCGACGUACCGGGAGCAGCGGCGAAGACUACCAAGGCCAGAGCCAAGAAGAAAUCCGCAGUGGACACUGCCGCCGUCGCAUCGCCUUCGGAAGGAAAGGAUUCGGACUCGCAGCCCAAGCGCCGCUGCGGUCGCAAGAGCAUGAACUACUCGUCCGAGCAGAAGCGCGAGCGCAACCGUGCAGCCGUGAAGAAGUGCCGACAGCGUCAAGCUUUGAAGCUCGAGUAUCUGCAGCACAAAGCCGAGUCGCUGGCUGCGGAAAACCAGGCACUGUCCGAGAUGCUCGUGAAGAACACGGAGCUGGACGAGGAGCAGCGCGCGUCGUUGACGCGCGGCAUUCAGAUGGAUAUCUUGCUCAAGAUCAAGGAGAUUUUCACGCAGAGUCUGCCCAAGGACUUUGUUCUGGACGCCGACUCAAUUUGGGACCUGAACUCGGUGCUGGCCGUGUCGAUGCCCUCGCGCUGCUACUACGGCAUUGAGAGCAUCAAGGACUUCUGGCGUACUUCGCUGCGGAUGCGCAACAAGGGCAAGAUUCGAUCGUUCUGGGCGUGGCUAUUCCGCCUGCCACCGGGCGACCGCUUCUCGGAGUUCGACAUCCAGCCCUUCUCGCCGACCUCCAACCUCUACUUCAUUUCGUGGACCACCAAGUCCACGCCACCGCUGGCGGGAUCCAUGGUGAUCAUGUUCGGCAACGGCCACCGCGUGACGCUCCACGUCGAGUGCUUCGGCUGGCUGAUCUGGCGCUACCUGCUCACGAACGAGCCGUUCCCGGAGCCCCCGAUGGAGUGACGAAGGUUAAAGGAGGCCAAUCAAUUGAUUGCAAUGAAUAUCAGACGACAACUAUGAACCGUAUAGGAGGAAUCUUUCAGAGCACAAACAGUGAAGAGAGAGACGAGGUAUGGUGAAGCAGUAAGUGAACCAUUUCGACGUGUUGAGUGUCUGUCACAAGUUGUGACUCACAACCAGCGCACAGUAAUUAUUUAGCUAACGCGACGAUACAUUUACUACU